AUGGUAGCUUACACCACGUCUGGGUCACCAUGUAUCGGUGGUUGUUCACCCAUAACUCGCCAGUGCGUCGCAUACUGGCCUCCAAAGAAUGAACCUUGCACUCUUUAUAAUACGCCAGCACCAAAGUUUCGCUUGAAUAGUCCAAGAGAUCAUAUGUACUGUCUCUCAAAUUGCGUAAAAUAUGCUUGGAGUACUGCCUGGUGUUAUGUACACACUAAUGGACAAUAUGACUAUUGCAAUGAAACACCUAUAUACGCAAACGCUAUUAUACCAACAACAACACCUGUUACAUCGACGACCACGAUUGAAUCCAUUAUAGCUCUGACAGAACCUAUUAGGAAAGUGCCUGUACUUCCAUCUAAUUAUAACAACGGCGCUGAAUCCCUAAAAGGAAACUGUGAUUCAUUUUUCAGUAAGCUAUCCAAUGACUUUACAGAUUGGAAUGAACCGAGUAUAGCUUACGACGGUUUUAUUAAAGAGCAAGCAGAUACUGUUGAAAUCAAUGCCAAAAUUAAUUCAAAUAUUCAAAUACAGACUGUUGAGGAAUAUGGUGUUGCAGUUAAGAGCUACACUUUAGUAAAUAUCGCUUUAGCUAAUGGAAGAAAUAUGUCAAUUCCAGUGGUGAUACGCGCUCACGUAACUAAUCAGACUAUUAAACAUUUACAAAUAUCUGAAAGAUUUGGUGAAUCUAACCAAAAUGUAGGUGAUUUCUAUGAACUGUUCUACAGACGGCGAUUGAUUGGUGAUGAAAUCGGUGGACCUGAUUUACCUUACAAUUAUGUGCCGCAGUCUGGGCGACUAAGACCAGUCUUGACUAAUAUAGAACAAGUAAUAAAGUCAUGGUGUGUUGAUGGAGAUGAAUCUGUGGAUAUGCUAAUAGUAGUAUUUUAUCCUGAAUUUAAAACUAGAAUGCCGCAUGCAAUUGGUAUCGAUCUUACCUUCAAUAAUAAAGAUAACAGUGUAUUUGUACGGUGUAAAGACUCAUUAUAUUUCAACUUAUUGUAA